UUCAAAUCCAUCGAACAACGCAUGGGUGAAGUCGUUGGUCCAAAGUCAGAAUGGCGUGCGACGAUGGGGCUAUUCCUCUUCUACUCGUCGUGGCUUGGCUCCAUCGGCUUCUUCAUCGCUUCUCUUGCUGCUCUUGCCAUCUACCCACCGUCUCGUGUGCCCCUGGCGCUCUUCUAUGGGGUCUACGGCGGCGCGCUGUACCUGCUUCCGUGGGGAACGUGGACACGGUUCUGCGACUGCGUUCGGUGGUUCAACAAAGACUCCGUUCCAUACUUCCAAGGCCAGAAACUCGUGUUCGACGAUGGCGUGACGCCAUGUGCCGCCAAAUCCAAGUCGCUCUUGUCGUUCCAUCCCCACGGGGUCCUCGUGUGCGGCUGGACUGUGAAUGGCGCGGCCCAUACGGCUUGGAAAGACAGCGCCGUGCGAUGGCUCGCCACCGACCUCCUCUUUGUGCUGCCGGUGAUCGCUCAGAUCAUGUACUGGGCGGGAGGCGGGCCAGCCAACCGCAGCAGCUUUGAAAUGUUGGCCAAGGAAGGGACGAACAUCGGGUUGCUUCCUGGCGGAUUCGAAGAAGCAUCUCUCUUCACGUACAAGAAGCACCGCGUCUUUCUCAAGAACCGCAAAGGGUUCAUCAAGCUUGGCUUGCAGUACGGGUACAAGGUCCACCCCGUCUACACGUUUGGCGAAGAAGACACGUUCUGGACGCUACCAUACUUUGCAUCGUUGCGGUUGUUCCUAAACCAGUACAAGAUCCCGACGGUCGUGUUCUGGGGCCAGUGGUGGUGCCCCUUCAUGCCCCAUCCGUCGGCGAAGCUCGUGACAGUGGUCGGCCCGCCCCUGGCGCUUCCGUUGACGCCGUCUCCUACGAAAGAAGACGUGGACAAGUACCAUGCGCUGUACGUGGACGCAUUGCAGACCCUGUUUGACAAGUUCAAGGCCGAGUAUGCAUCUACUCCAGACGCAACGCUCGAAAUAUGGUAACUUAAGAGGGUUCGCAGCUUUUUAUAUCCUGGGACACCUCACUGUGAUUAAUACCUGGCACAAGAGGUCACGGCUGAUAUUACAAGCGCACGUAAUAUAUAUAUAUAUUAUUGUGUUUUUUCU